AUGGAUCCACCCCUAUAUCUUGAAGAAAGAGAUAUCGGUAUAUGGAUCAACCCCUAUAUCUUGAAGAAAGAUAUUGGUAUACGGAUCCACCCCUAUAUCUUGAAGAAAGAGAUAUCGGUAUACGGAUCCACCCCUAUUUCUAGAAGAAAGAGAUAUCGGUAUAUGGAUCCACCUCUAUAUCUUGAAAAAAGAGAUAUCGGUAUAUGGAUCCACCCCUAUAUCUUGAAGAAAGAUAUCGGUAUUUGGAUCCACCCCUAUAUUUUGAAGAAAGAGAUAUCGGUAUACAGAUCCAACGACCAUCCACAACCUUCCCUUCCUUAUACUCCCUAG